CCGUGAAGCAACGUGACAUUGUUUCUUCUUCAGUGCUGCGUUUCAGAGAAACACAGAGGGUAAAACCCUAACUCAUUUUCCUUCUGUUAGCUACAAUCCACGGCCUCAAUUUUUCUACGUGGGUGAUGCACAUUUGAUGCUUCAGAGUUUUGGUUGAAGUUUCACUACAAUACUUUGCUGUCAUGGAUCCUAAUGGUUCUGUGGAUGAUAAGUGUGAGAGUAGACUUUAUAUCGGUAACCUUGAUCUCAGAAUUACAGAAGCUGUUCUGCUGAAAAUGUUUUCUCCCUUUGGAAAGAUUGUUUCUGAGGACUUCUUGUGGCACACUCGUGGCCCAAAACGUGGGGAACCACGUGGUUUUGCUUUUGUACAGUAUAGCACAAAAGAGGAAGCUGAAUUGGCCAAGGAGAAAAUGCAUGGAAGGUUAGCUUGUGGCCGGCCAUUGGUUGUUCGUCUUGCCGGUGAGAAGUACAUGUUGGAAACAGCUGAUAAGUCUACAAAAGCUGCACGUGAAGGGCACAAGAUGCAUCUUAGUGGUGGUGCCAUGGGACAGUCAAGUCGUAGUGCAAAAAUAGCUGCAAUAAAGAAUAAGUUGAAAUCCUUAGAAGAGGAGAGCUCUAGGACCAAGAAGCAGAAGCAAAAUGAUGAUGUUUCUUAAGAGUCAAAUGUGUAAGUAUAAUCUGUAGAAUCAGGGGAAAUUUUAGGGACGUAUAAAUUGAAUGUGGUGCAAUUGUUUGUAACCCCAUUAACUUGGAAUGUCAUAUAUUUGAAUCAGCUUGGGUUUGUUAACUGUUACUGCAUGAAACAUACUAUCCAUUUGAAAAUCUACGAAUCGAAAUUU